AUGGCUACCCCGUCGACUGGCGGCACCAAGUUUUCCGAGAAACCUCCAGCGCCACUCCCACCUGACCAACAAGCUGCAUUGGACAAAUCUCCCUCCCAAACUAUCGGAGGAAAUCAAGUGACCGCUAAACCCACCCAAGCAUGGAAAAGCUUUCUCUCUGGUGGCUUCGGUGGCAUUUGUGCGGUGUUGGUCGGCCAGCCUUUUGAUUUAACCAAGACCAGACUACAGACUGCCCAACCUGGUCAGUAUUCUGGAACGAUGGAUGUGGUUCGAAGGACAUUCGCCAAGGACGGGGUCUCAGGAUUCUACAGAGGAAUGAGUAGUCCUCUAGCGGGGGUUACACCCAUGUUUGCCGUUUCCUUUUGGGGAUAUGCAAUGGGAAAGAAUUUGGUGUAUUCGUUUACUCCAGCUCGAACCUCCAAGGAGCUGACAUACUCCGAGUACGCUAUUGCUGGUGGAUUUAGUGCUCUGCCAACUACUCUGAUAGCUGCUCCGAUCGAGAGAAUCAAAGUCUUACUACAAGUCGAUGGUCAAAGCGCUGGUCAACAAAAGUAUUCGGGUGCAAUCGAUUGUGUACGGCAGGUUUACAAGGAAGGCGGUGUCAAAAGCAUUUUCCGAGGCUCACUUGCCACAGUCGUACGUGAUGCACCUGGUAGCGCUGCAUACUUUGUUGCUUACGAAGCGGCGAAGAAAGCGCUGACUCCAGCCGGCUCCGAUCCUACAAAACUCAACUUGACUGCUAUCUGCGCAUCGGGAGGCUUUGCUGGUAUUGCCAUGUGGUCAAUUGCUAUCCCCCCUGAUGUGAUUAAAUCUCGGCUUCAAUCUGCACCAGAAGGGGCUUAUUCUGGGUUCAUCGAUUGUGCGAAGCAAACGGUGAAAGCAGAUGGACCUAAAGCUUUAUUUAAAGGUCUUGGUCCAGCUAUGUGGAGAGCUGUCCCGGCCAAUGCUGCCACCUUCUUAGGGGUAGAGCUGGCUUUAUCUGCCCUUAACAAAUCAAUCGCAUUGCAUCCAACGCGCAUGGUAGUGAUGUAUUAUACAACCAAUUGUAAUCUCGUCCUGAACCCCGAGGAAAACCGAAGAAAGACAGAAUAA